UCACUUUGGGUUACAAGUAAUGUGGCUAUGAACGUUUGUGUUCACGUUUUUGUGUGAACAUGUUUUUUUCUGGAGUAUAUACUUAGGAAGAAUUGCUGAGUCUUUGGGUGAUUCCAAGUUUAACUUUUUGAAGAGCGGGAUUUCCAUAGUGCCUCCACCGGUUACAUACCAGCAGCAAGGUGUCAUUUCUCCACACCCUCCCUGAUGCUUGUUCCUGUCGGCUUUUUUAAUCCUAGCCAUCCAGUGGUGUAUCUUGCAGCUUUGUAUUUCCUUAAUGACGUAAGAAUCUUCUCAUGUGUUCAUUGUGUUUGGAGAAAUACCUAUAGAAAUCCUCCCAUUUUACAAUUAGAUUGUCUUUUAUUGAGUUUUAAGAAUUCUUUAUAUAAUCCAGUACCAGUCUAUGAUUUGCAGAUAAUGCUUCCAUUCAGUGGGUUAUCUUUUCAGUUGUCGGAUGGUUUGCUGCACAAAAAUUUCUCAUUUAGAUAGUCCCAAUUUAUGACGCCCUAACAACAGUUGUCUAACCUAAGGUUAUGAUUGCUCGUUUUCUUCGAGGUGGCUUAUAGUUUUAGCCUUUACACUUAGGUCUGUGGUGCAUUUUCGGUUACUUUUUGUGUGCGAUGUGACCCCUUAACUUGGAGGGGGAGCUGCUUUGGCCAACUGCCUCUACACUGCUCUGCUUCCGUUCACCGGCCCGAGUUACGUGGCUACACCCAUCACAUCUGCGCGAGGCUGGACAAUGUGUGUUUCAGGCAUCUUGCAUCAAAUGCGGAUUGUAAACCUUUUCGGCCAUAGUCCUAAACAAGUCAGUUCUAUUGCUUCGCUUUUCAAGUAAAUAGAUCUGGCGAUUUUUCACCCGCGAGGAUUGAGCAGGGUGAUCAGCGCGAAAGGGCGCUGGUUCUCACUCCCUCCGGGACCUGCUCCUAGGACUGCAGUCCCGAGGGACUUACCGGCCUUCGCCCCCUACCCCAGCCGCCAGCGAGUUUGGGCUCUCGGGGGAAACGAACCGGCGCCCUUCGCGUCUUCUCGCCGGCUCCCGCGGCCCGCCCCUCGCCGCGCCGCGCCCACUCGGCCCCCGGAGCCGCCCUCCCCGCGGGAGCCGGGGCGCCGGCCGGGCGAUAACGCCGCAGGGCCGCGGCCGCGGGCGGAGCUGCCGUGCGCCAUGGCCGCGUCCCCCGGAGCGCCCCGGGCCCCCGCCGUCGAGGCGCCGCCGCUCCAGCCGGACGCGCGCACCUUGGACCGCGGCUCGGACAGCAGAGCCGGUCAGCUCUCAUUCUGUACCAAGGUGUGCUAUGGCAUUGGUGGGAUCCCCAACCAGGUGGCCUCCAGCGCCACAGCCUUUUACCUGCAACUGUUCCUGCUUGAUGUGGCACAGAUCCCUGCUGCCCAGGUGUCCCUUGUCCUGUUCGGAGGGAAGGUGUCUGGGGCAGCUGCCGACCCUGUGGCUGGGUUCUUCAUCAAUAGAAGCAGGAGGACAGGGUCUGGACGCCUCAUGCCCUGGGUGCUGGGCUGCACGCCCUUCCUCACCGUGGCCUACUUCCUCCUGUGGUUCCUGCCCCCCUUCACCAGCCUGCGGGGCCUCUGGUACACGGGCUGCUACUGCCUGUUCCAGGCCCUGGCCACGUUCUUCCAGGUGCCCUACGCGGCGCUCACCAUGCUCCUGACCCCCUGCCCGAGGGAGCGGGACUCGGCCACCGCGUACCGGAUGACCAUGGAGAUGGCGGGGACGCUGAUGGGAGCCGCCGUCCACGGGCUCAUCGUGUCGGGCGCCCACGGGCCGCACAGGUGCGAGGACGUCGCGCUCGCCCGGCCGGCCGUCGUCUCCCCCGACGCGACUCGUCUCUACUCCAUUGCAGCCGCAGUGCUUGCUCUGACUUACCCUGUGUGCACUGGUUUGCUCUGCCUUGGGGUGAAGGAGCGACCAGACUCCUCCGGCCCAGCCUCAGGCCAAGGCCUGAGCUUCCUGGCUGGGCUGGGCCUCACUGUCCGGCACCGGCCCUACCUGAAGCUGGUCAUCUCCUUCCUGUUCAUCUCAGCAGCCAUUCAGGUGGAGCAGAGCUACCUGGUCCUGUUCUGUACACAUGCCUCCCGGCUACAUGAUCACGUCCAGGGCGUGGUGCUGACCAUCCUGGUCUCAGCUGUGCUGAGCACCCCACUGUGGGAGUGGGUUCUACAGCGAUUUGGGAAGAAGACAUCGGCCUUCGGGAUCUGUGUGAUGGUGCCUUUUGCAAUCCUGUUGGCUGCUGUACCCACAGCACCUGUGGCAUACGUGGUGGCCUUUGUGUCUGGCCUGAGCAUUGCUGUGUCCUUGCUGCUACCCUGGUCCAUGCUUCCAGAUGUGGUGGAUGCCUUCCAGCAGCAGCAGCAGCCUGGCCCGGGCCUGGAGACCAUCUUCUACUCAUCCUAUGUCUUCUUCACCAAGCUUUCUGGCGCAGGCGCCCUGGGCAUCUCCACUCUCAGUCUGGAGUUUGCGGGCUACGAGGCAGGAGCCUGCACGCAGGCGGAGCGGGUGGUGGUGACCCUCAAGGUCCUCAUCGGGGCCGUGCCCACCUGCAUGAUCAUCACCGGUCUGUGCAUCCUCAUGGUGGGCCCCGCACCAAAGGUGCCAAGCCAGGACCCCUCCCGCCGGCAGAGCCUUCAGAGGAGGACCAGCUACAGCGUCGCUUGAGGUCUGACCGUGUGUGGGCUGGAACCACAGGAGCCAGCGUCUUCUGGGCUCAAAGUCCUUCUUUCUUCUCAGUCCCUUAGCACGCCCAUUUCAAGGGUUACCUGUGACCCAUCUUUCCCCCUGGGACAUGGAGUCUUCAGGGACAUCUCCUGAAGGGACUGGCCUGGGCCCAGGACCCUCCCCCGCCACUUCUUGCUUGUUGACCGCAGACCGUAUCCGACAGGCCUGUGCCCCGGACCACCCAGCUCCAGGCGGCUCUGACCUGGAAAGCAUCCCGAGAACAACUAUUCCUGGAAAAAGGAAGGCCCACCCCCUGCUCCCCUGACAGGACAGACACACAGACAUCUUGCUCUUCCUGACACUCCAGUGGACACCUGAGAGGGAGGCUGACAGACACCACACGAAUGGGCAGAGGGGGACAGAUGGACUUGUUGGGGAUGACGUCAGGAAAGACGCAAAUAGAGACAUUGAGACCAACAGACCCCAGAAGGAGCGAAUGGGGACAGCAGCGGGGGAGGAGACCGAGCAGAGCACAAGAGGCGUUUCUCAAGGCUUUCGGGUCGCUUGGAUAAGCCGGCCACAGUUUCCGGAAUCAGAUACAGACUGAUACUGAGCUACCAAACAUCAGUCCCCUUUACGAACAAAAGUUAUUUUUGCAGAAAUAUUGUUCUGAAAUUGUAUCUUAUGAAAGCACAGGAACCACAGUUUUCUAAAGGCCAUAUCUUUGGGGAAGAAAGAUCCACUGAGAUUUAUUUUUAAAAUACAUAUAUCUAUUAAAGGCUUUAUCUUCUA